AAUGAAGGAUAAAAAGUGAUGUUGAAAAAAAUGGUGAAGAAAGAAGAGAGACGAUGGAGAGUGGAAGUGGGAACCCUCGUUCUUCGUUUUCCCAAUCACGGCGCCAAAAAUUCCCUUUGAAUGCUUCUACUGCUACCCAUCAUCGAUCCAAAGUUUCAACUUUUUCUCAAAGGGUCACUCCUCCUCCUACCACUGGCAACAAUAGUAAUGCAUCUACAUCUGAUUUCAAUGAUGAUGAUUCCAGUUUUGGGGUUUUACUUGGAACUUGUUCUUAUAUGUGCCCAGAAAGAGAGCGAAUCCAGCGCGAGAAACUUCGAGAUUUGGCAGUUUUUGAGAGGCUAAAUGGUAAUCCCAGAAAAUCAUCCCCAGUUCUUGCUGUCAAGAAGUUUUGCAGAACUAUAUCCAUCAAAGAUGUUCAAGCAUCUGAUAUGCGGCCUCUUAAUGUAUUGGAGGAUACUUUAAAUUACCUUUUGGGCCUUCUGGAUUCUAAGGAGCAUCCGUUCGAAGUAGUUCAUGACUUCAUUUUUGAUAGGACAAGGUCUAUACGUCAAGAUCUUACUAUGCAAAAUAUAGUAAACAAGAAAGCAAUCUACAUGUAUGAGGGAAUGGUGAAAUUUCACGUUAUAUCACAUCACAAGCUCUGGGGUUCUAUGGGUGAUCCGAAUAUUGCAUCAACGCAUCAUCUCAACAUGGAGCAGCUCACAAAGACACUGUCUUCUUUAUUCAAUCUAUACGAAGCAAAUCGAAAUUCAAAUGAUGUUCAUGAGAAUGAAGCCGAGUUCCAUUCAUUAUAUGUGCUUUUAAAUCUUGGUUCUCACAGCAAACCAAUGGGUGAACCACUUUCUUUAUGGUUUAGUCAUGUAUCAACUUCAAUAUUGAAGUCAAAAGAAAUGCGCUUUGCUAGGAGAAUCGUACGCUCGUUCCGAAUGGGUAAUUAUAUCGAUUUCUUCCAUACUGUAGCAGCCGAAGCAUCAUAUCUGCAGUACUGCAUUAUGGAACCUUAUAUCAAUGAAGUUCGUUCACUGGCUUUAUCUUACAUAAAUUUUGGUGGCUACAAACUUCAUCCAUAUCCUCUGUUCAAGCUCUCAAAACACCUGAUGAUAGAGGAAUCAGAUUUGGAAUCCUUUUGUCAUUCUUGCGGUCUUGAGACAUGUACAGAUGAAUCUGGAAAUAAGUUACUUCACACAAAGCAAACCACCUUCAGUCACCCUAAAGGUGGGUUCCAGAAAUAUAGUUUUUUGGGCUUGCAAGAUUAUGAAAGAUAGUUUUAGGGGUGCUACUUUCUUCACCCCCCAACAUCUGUUCGAUAUAUGCAUCCCGAGUACUCCUACGAGAUUGGAUGAUCCAUGGACUGUUGCAACUAUUUUCAUCACUUUUCCUAAAUAUGUAACUGAUUGUGUGCAUAGACCAAUUAUAUAAUUUCAUUAGAAUCUCUGUGAUGCUUUCAGGAAACAUGGGAACAUAUUGUGUACUAUAAGCAGAUCUUGUUACACGUUUGUACUUGUAAAAUGUACAUUUGACUUUAUAUAGAAUGUUACUAAUGUAUAGGUGUUUAUUUAAUUUGUAAACAUGUGAAACAUUGCAAGGUUUAUACGCACCAAUAAAUGAAAAAUUUCACUCUUAGGCCAAAA